AUGGCGAGCGCAGUAAACCCAUCACCGACGCACACCCCCCCUCCGCCGAAUAUGCCGCGUCCCAAAGGGAUUCUAAAGAACGCGUCAUACCGCAGCUCCCCUCCAGUCUCGCCAAUCGACAGCCACGGCACACCCCUCUCUGAGCACCCGCUGACGCCGAAGGAGGCAAAGGAGCUCACAAUCAUCAACACGCAAUACAAUGCGGGACACCGCCGCUCGUCGUCGGCGGCCGGCUCGCGGCCCGGUGGCUUCCGCCGCCAGAGCUCGCUCCCGCCCAGCCAGCAAGGCGACACGGAGGAGGAGCAAGGCCAGCGCCUGAAGUGGGACGAAGCGAACCUGUACCUGACGGAGCAAGAGCGGACCAGCACCAUGAAGAUCAACGAGCCCAAGACGCCGUACGCCAAGCACUACGACCCGGCCGAGGACCCGUCCGACGUCGACGAGGACGAGGACAUGGCCGCGCCGAUCGACCCCGACAAGACCGACCUCGACAAGGUCGACGGCGUGAAGCAGGCGCGUCCCCAACACCACCGUCGGCCAGGCGGAGGCGGCGCCGCCGCCGCGGCGCACGACGAGAUUCCGAGCCUGUCGCUGGGCGAGCCGGAGGAGGAACUCCCCGAACACGACUUCGCGCCGUCGUCAUCGUCGCGGCCGCGCGCGGUGCACGUCGACAGCAACGACAGCUCGCACGACGCGGACGGCGACGAGUACAUGGUGGGGCUGAGCGCCGAGGAGCGGGAGAAGCACCGGCGGUUUGAGGAGAUGCGCAAGAAGCACUACGAGAUGAAGGACGUGGCGGCGCUGCUGGGGCAUCCGGAGAAGCUGGCGGAUGAGGACGAGGAAGAGGAGGAGGAAGAGGAUGAUGAUGCUGAUACGCCGCCGGUGCCGCCUCUUCCUAAACAGGUUAACGGGUCGUCGUACCCACCAACUUCAAUUGGCGCAAGGUACGCGCGCCAGUCGGACCCAAUGCAUCUCGCACAGCUGCAGCGGCCCCUCCAGAGGGCUGCUGCCAGCAGUAGCAGACCCCUCGCUGUUCUGCGGACGACGACAACAAGGACAACCAUCGAAGAGCGGUUCGCCUGUCUCCGCAUUUCCUCGCCGACCGUUGCCAAUGCCGCCGUGGAGGGUAGGCGGUAUGCGUCCGUCAAGUCGCAGGGCGCCUACAAGAUCCCGUCGAAGAAGACGAUAGCCAAGAAGAUGGGCGCGAAGAAGACCGGCGACCAGUACGUGAUCCCGGGAAACAUUAUCUUCAAGCAGCGCGGCACAAUAUGGCAUCCUGGCGAGAACACCAUCAUGGGCCGGGACCACACGAUCCACGCCGCCGUCGCCGGCUACGUCAAGUACUACCGAGACCCCGCACGCCAUCCCAAGCGUCAGUACAUUGGCGUUGUCUUCAACCGCGAAGAUAAGCUGCCGUACCCACCAGGGACGCCUCGGCGGCGUAAGCUCAACCUCGCGGCGGUGCCCCGGAAGGUGGUCGAACCAGUCAAGGAGACGACAGCACCCAGUGGCAUUCCGCUCUCGGUAACGCGACACGAUCAAGUCGAGCAGACCGAGACCCCGCAGGCGGAAGAAGCGGCGGAACCGGUGACCGCGGUCCCGGAAGAGAAGGUUGCUCUGACGGACGGCAACUCGGUCGUCCUCAGUCUGGUCAAGGAAAAGCUCCGGAGCAGGCAGCUCAACCAGGCGAAGAAGGAGGCGCAGAGGCUGCAGAAAGAGAAAGAGCUGGAGGCGCGCAAGGCGACACGGGUGUUCCACCUGCAGGACGACUACAGCUACCGCGAGAGCAACUGGGAGAUCGGGCGGCUCGUGGGCGACGCCGGUGCCAUCCCCGGCGCCGAGAAGACCGAGUCGAGGAAGGCCAAGUUCCGGCUGCGGAGGAGGAAACGCAUGGUUCACUUCAAGGGCAUCAAGAAGCGCAAGCUGGCCAAGGCGGCCCGGCGCGAGGAAUACAAGAGACUGGUGCGUGCGAAGCGCGAGCGGAGGCUGCUGGAGAGGCGCGAUGCGGCUGCGGCUGUCAAGAAGGCUACCGAGGCUGCUACUGCGGCUGCGGCGGCGGCGGCUAAGGCAACAAAGGCGGGCGGAGCCAAGGUCAAGGCUUGA